GGGCAAUCGAAAUCGGAACGAUCAGUUGCGCUGUCAAUCAAACGAUAAGUUGUUUGUUUUGAGAAAGUUCCUUUAAAAGUAGCUACUUUAGAGCUAGAUUCAUUUUAAAACUUAUGCAGAUUAUGAAAGCUGCUUUAAAUUUAAGAGCUGCAAUUCACUCGAGCAACACAUGGUUACGAGCCUCAACACACGGUAACACCAACGUAAGAACCAUGGCCAACUCAGCGGAGAAACCCAUUGAAGCCGCCAUCCGCGAGGGCCUUGCCGGUCAGCUGAAUCCGAUUCACCUGGAAGUGGUGAACGAAUCUUACAUGCACAAUGUUCCCAAGGGCGCCGAAACCCAUUUCAAGGUUCUGGUAGUGUCGGAGCAGUUUGAUGGGCUGCCCUUGAUAAAGCGCCACCGACUAGUCAACGAGAUCGUCAAGCAAAAACUGGUCGGAGAUUUCGUGCACGCCCUGUCGAUCGAAGCAAAGACACCCACCCAAUGGGAUUCAAAUUACAAGCUGGAACCGAGUCCAAACUGUCGCGGAGGAUUUGGCAAAUAAGUUUCGAAGCAGAAAUUGAUUUGAAGUAAAUUGUUAGUGGUUCAAA